UAUGCAUUAUGUACACAGUACAGUUUCACACAUUUCUGGUGAAAUGACGAAUGUCUGCUGAUGAUUAAGGAAGUUACAAAACAUGCUCUGUCGGCAUUAAAUACGGCCAAAAAUAGUGUAAUUCUUUUUUGUAUGAGCAACUGUGUGAUUGAACUAGUAGAUGGAGGAGUGCUUUAGUUGGACAAUUUCUUAAAACUGUUGUCAAAAUAAGUCAUUUUUAUUUAGUGGUGCUGCAGUGUCGCCGGUGAGUUUGUCUGCUUUCUGCUUAAUUCUGGUUUCUGCUUUUUCGUGCUGCUGCAGUAACGUUGCAUGCAAGGCCUGCGGCAGAAAUACAGCCAAAGAUUCUGCAUUUAACUUAGGUGAAAUAAUUAUGAGCAAGCGUGUGAGUACAACAGCCACCGCACGGCUGAAACAAGAUUAUACAAGAAUUAAAAAAGACCCAGUGCCUUAUGUUACAGCUUCACCACUCCCGUCAAAUAUCCUAGAAUGGCACUACUUAGUAAGGGGUCCUGAGGGAACGCCGUACGAAGGGGGCUUGUACCACGGCAAACUUGUCUUCCCGCGAGAAUUCCCGUUUAAGCCGCCAAGCAUCUAUAUGAUUACACCUAACGGGAGAUUCAAGUGUAACACAAGGUUAUGUUUGUCAAUAAGUGAUUUUCACCCCGACACUUGGAAUCCAGCCUGGUCCGUGUCGACGAUCCUAACCGGUCUCCUCAGCUUUAUGGUCGAAAAGAAUCCGACACUCGGCAGUAUAGAAACCUCCGAUUACACGAAGCGACAACUUGCAGUCCAGAGUGGCCCAUUUAACGUCAAGAACCAGACAUUUUGUGAAUUGUUUCCAGACGUUGCAUUGGAAGUACGAGAAACCAUCAGGCGACGCGAAGAGGAGAUCAGACAAAGCACCGAGUCGGCCUCGUUAAGAGGUCAAUCCUCAAGACAGGCCAACACGCAGGACGGCCAGCUGCCGUUGCCUCACCAAGGCCCCCAGGGCAUUGUGGGAAGCACGCUGGCCAACGUGCUAGUCAUCGUAGGCUUUGCCGCGUUUGCCUACACGGUGAAAUACGUACUGAAGAGCAUCGCGCACACAGAUGAUUGAUAUGUAAGUUGUAACAUAUGUGAGAGCCAACCAUAUGAAAGUGUUUCCUUUACUUACGGCACACAGGAAUAUUUGGAAUUAGGGACCGUCCAUAAAGUAUGUACGCACAAAAUCUUGACUUUUUAGGCCCCCCCCCCCCCCCCGACUUCAUGCAUACCUAUACAGAAACUGUGCAUGUAUGUUUACAGUAAAAAGCACUGCAAAUGCGCUAUGCUUGCCGGCUAAUUGAAGCACUCGUUUUAUUGGUGAUUGUGUGAAUUAGGUUAUUGAACUUACCACACGAGGGACAUUUAAAACCAACGGUAGUGUCGUGGAUAGAGGGCAGGGUUUUGAGAUUUUUUUGUGGGAAAUUGUGGGGUAAAAUGAUGACGUCGACAUAAUGCUGCGACACAAAAAUAAAGAUAGUAAUCACAGUGACGCACCGUGAAUGCGCAAAACCACAUUGAUUCACAUUGCAUGAAGUGUACAAAAUGCAUACAAAAAUUAUAAUUACCGAAAAUAGGACCAUAGCGAGACAUUCCCAUAGACUUGUGCGCAAAAUUUUUCAAACUUAAAUGUGCCCUAACCCAAUAUUCCCUUGUCCUUUUGCAGCGAAUUUCGGUAUGUUUACUAAUUAGACCACGAGCAACAAAUAUAACCCGAUUGCGACAUUAAAAUUUUGCCUCCCUAAUGACCGGUGUCUCCCUAUUGUCGAAGAAAUUACAAUAAUGUGUCUCCCUAAUGCUACAUUUGUAGUUAUUGCAUUUUCUACCAAGAGAUGCUGUUCAAAUUUCAAAAGAAUAUUGUCAUUAGAUGUAAGGUUGCAGAAAAGAAAUUGACUCUAACUGCUUCACCAAAACUAAAGAGGGGCUCGUAUCACAAUCGCCUUUUUUAUCAUGUCGCAGUUUAAUGAGCUCGGAAGGCGUUGUCUGGUGGUGGCUCUGGGAAGAUAAAUGUAAAUGGUGUGAAGGGUACAGUGUUAUAAGAUUUUUGAUGUAUUAAAGCUGGUCCUGGUAGUUAUUAAAAUUGAGAAAGUACAUUGAUUUUAUGACAAUAUGUUAAAAGCAAAUUAUCGCUCUGCGUACAUAGUAUAUACGCAUUGGCUUGGACCCCCGUGUACGCUUGGCGUAUGCAAUGUUAACAACCACCCUUUCCCCCCUACCUUCACAUACUUUAUGGAUGGCCCCCUUACCUGAAAAUGUACCAACCAAUUGAACGAGAAAAUCCUUGCUCAAAGGGAAGAUAAGACUGGUACCAUAUACCUUGUGACAUUAUUCCUCCUGAAAUGGUAUCAUUCGGAAGAAAGCAAAAACUAAAUGAUCCAAUGUACCUUUAAAGGAAGAGUAUAUCAUAUGCCGUUUGUGGGUUUUUUUUUUUCGUUUGAAACAACAAAAGUGCUCAAAAUCUAAACAAGGGUGCUCAACAACUAACCUGAUGAGGUUUUGGCUCAGUGAAUGCUGUAUAUUCUGAAAAAAAUAUAUAUUCUAGGAUCUUGAUUUCAAUUCAAAAGGACAUACAUUGUAGACAUCACAUUCCUGCUAGUUGGGCUCAAAACCACAACUUGUCAGUGAUUUCAAGUUGAAAACACCAAAUUGCUAGGACGUUGUAUACAGCAUCAAUCUGUUUAAGUGUGUCUAAUGCGUAAAAUGCUAUUUUGUAAUUCCAAUAGGACUGCAUUGUAAGACUCAAAUUGUGUUUGCUGACAACGUGAAAAUUCUUCUUCUAAGGGUUUCAGUAGAACAUUUUCAAUGUCCUUCGUAAAUAAUAUUGCAACCACUUAAUAAUAUGCGACAAUUAAGACAUGUCAAAGUACUAUUUAGCAAACUUUACGGAAUUUGACAGUGGUAAAGAUGGACGCAGUGGAUUUUAUACUCAACGCAAAUGUUAAAGCAAGCAGUUUUAUGCACAUACUUAGCCGUGUAGAAACAUUUUGCAAACUGACUUCAACAAUCAUGCUUCUUGUAUCAGUUUAAUGGGGAGAAUUUCAAUCUUUUUUUGAGAAUUAAUCCUUCUUUUUUUUUACAUAUAGACUUUUGUGGGAUGUUUAUUCAAGAUUUAUAGUGUGCAGUUUAUCUACUGUGUAUUUUUAAGUUUGUUUUUAAACACUUUCGUUUUUCAGAAUUUUAUUACUCUCAAAAAUUAAUACCAAACAGACGCAUUCAAAUAGUGUGCAUCGGAACCGUUGAUGUCAGGAAUCAGUUCCAGAUUAUGGGAUCGGGUACCCGUAACCAACUUUACAAAUUACUCAGUAUACCUUCACAGACAAUGAAAAAGAAAGGUUUUGAAUGUCAUUUGUGGGGAAUUUCUCAAUAAAAACCAGGCUACAUGGAAAAACAAUCCACAUUUCACGUAGACGGGGCUCGCGAAAGUUCACUGUACACACAGUAUCUUUCUGUAUUUAACGCAUCGAUGUGGUAGUUAGUAUAAUAUCGGGACAACCUUUUAGUUUAACCCUAAUUUACCUGAAUCCAUCAAAAUCCACAACCCUGUUUUGGAGGAUUUCGGUGGAAUCAGGAUACCUCCAUAUUGAAUAAGCUGGGGGAAUUUGAUGGAUUCAGGACAGUAAGCCUGGUGGUUCUGCAGGAU